AAGUAGGUCAUGACGCCCCACUCUAACCGAGCAGUGCAUAGAGACACGUCGGUAGAACCGAACCCAUACCACAACAUCGACCUUCUAACGCCUAUGUUAUGCUAUCGAUCCUUUUUGGAUCCACUUCAGAUGCCUUGGAGCUACGGGCUAUUAAAGUUCUGGCGAUGAGCGAACUGAACCAAUCCAAGCGACUUUGAAUUGUAAUUCCGUUGUCCCAGAGACCAGACUCGGAAGCUGACAGGUUCUUCACGCUGUCAUCCACCGAUCGCUUUCAAUGAGGACCACUCUGGGAAGGUGCCCAUCGUAUCUGUUGAAUUUUCCAUUCUCAAUCACUACCUCUAUCACGCCGUUUUUGCUAAUAUUACUACCAAGUGUGUAACAUGUACUUGCCGACAGACGGAACGACGACAGGGAUACUGUGCCGCAUUUGUACUGUAGCAAUGGAUUCCGCCCUAGGACAACCAGAAUGGCACGCAAAUCAAACACUGGGAAACCUGAAAAAGUCGGCACAAGAAGGGUGUUUGACGUGUAAUUGGUUGUGGAAUGGAGUCCCUGAGUAUUCUCGCCUACAAAUACGGAUUUCCUCUGUCGCAGAGGAUAGAGUGAGCGGUAUCUCUUUCCACAGGCGAUGGAAAGUCAAUCAACUAGAAUCCCAAGGAGGGUGCUUCGAGUUGUAUGAUAGGAGUAGAAUGGAACUGGUCAAUUGGACUAAACUUGGAGUUCAUGAGGGAGCUGAGCGUCCAAGCCCGCAAUAUCAUGCUGUUCUCGCGCCGUCCGAGACCGGGAUUCUUUCGAGUCCAUACACGGCUUCCAUCAAUACAGGCGCAGGAGAAACGUUGUGCCUGGCAAAACAGUGGUUGGAAAAAUGCAUUUCAUCCCAUAGCUCUUGCGCCGCUUAUAGCCGUCCAGGCUGGGUACCGAGUCGAUUGCUGAAGCUCCAUCUUCGAGACGAUGACAAGAUUGGUGCUAGGCUAGAGGAGCUAGCUAUGGAUGAUUACAACAGCACAGCUGAGUACGUGGCUCUUAGCCAUCGGUGGCAAGAAAAUAACGAAUAUUUACUGCUGAGCCACAAAAAUAUCUCACAACUUCGCAAUAAUAUUGAGGUGCCCAAACUUAAAGCGUCUAUCCGGGAUGCAAUGAGUGUCGCAGUUCACCUGGGUGUCUAUCAUAUUUGGGUCGAUAGUCUCUGUAUACAGCAAGACAACGACAAAGAGCGCGGCGAAGAAAUCGCGAAGAUGGACUUGGUCUACGGUAGCGCGAGGUGCACUAUUGCCGCCGGUGUAGGCGAAACAGCCGACGUGGGUUGCUUCAUCUCCAGAGAUGUCAAUGAAGUGAGAACUCAUGGUGUGAAUUUAAGAUUGGGGGGACACGAAACCCGAUACUGCCAUAUACGACCAUCCUGGAACGACACAAACCGAGAGCUCGACAACACUAGCUUGGCUAAACGCGGAUGGACUCUUCAAGAACGGUUGCUCUCACCACGUACCUUGCACUUUUGCGCUAAACAAGUGCAUUGGGAAUGUCGAGAGUUCGAGGCGAAUGAGACCCACACUAACGGUGAUCCUAUACAUGACAGUAGGACUUCUGUUGGGAGGUUUACGGAUCUGGCGAAAACUUGGCCAGAGGUUGUGGAGGCCUAUACAGCCCGUUUUUUGAGUAAACAGGAAGACCGUCUCAAUGCUAUCGCUGGUAUCGUUGCUUCAAUCCAACGCAAUUCAACGGUCAAAGGCCAAAAUGACGAAUAUCUUCACGGGUUAUGGCGCAGUUCUUUGCCUCUAUCAUUGCUGUGGUAUUCCAAGGACGAGCCGGAGAACAACAGGCUGAUUAAAGUCGCACCAACGUGGUCAUGGGGCUCAACUAGGAAAGAAAUCUGUUACAGUCGUAAUGUCAACGGAAUUUCACUGGUCGAAAUCUUGGGGAUCCUAAAAGCCACUGACACUUUCAAAGGUAAUAUAAUCAGAGUGACCAGAAUGGCAGGCUUCGAUGGUGGCGUCCUCCACAUCCGAGGUCGAUUUUUCCAGCCGUCUGAAGGAAACACGAUCUCCGAUUCCAGCCCUUUUGUGCGACAUGACUGGAAUGAGGUGAAACGCUCGAUAUCAACCAAGACGGACAAGUACCUGCCGCUUUUUAAGAAUAACCCAUCCAAUAUCCAGGGCGGUGCGACUUUUAUAGGAAUUGUUCUGAGGUCAUUAGGUCCACGUUAUUGGCAAUGCUAUGAGCGAGUGGGCCAUUUUUCACAAUACAUUCGUGUUGAAUAUAUGGAUAUGAGCUUCGGAGAAAAGAAAGAGUUUUAUAUUUAUUGAUCUUAGAUUAUAGUUACUCAUUUUGUCCACCAACUGUUACUGUC